AUGACCGGCGUCGAGGCGACGGAGCAGGCGCCCUCUGUCCCCACACACCCCCCCGCAAAGCAACGGGCUGCCCUGGGAGUUGCAGUGGACCAGACGGGCGAGGGGGGCUCCCCGCCGGGGAGCGGGAGGGACCCGGACUCCUCCGAAGCCGGAUUCCAUCCGUCCUUCCUCUACAUCCGCCCCGAGGAUGUCGUCCGCAAACGACGCGGCAACGUCCUCACCAAGGGCACCCUCUUGAAGGCGGACCACUUCCCCGGCUGCCAGAACAAGAACCUGCGCCCGCUCGUCAGCGGCGCCCCGAACUACCGGCAGGUCCCGGGCCUCCCCGUGUACGGCGUGGCCAUCCCGACGCUCGCGGGCAUCCGCAACGUCCUGGAGAUCAUGGGCGCGGGCGACGGCGCGCGCACGGUCGUCUGGUUCAACAUGCGCGAGGAGCCCGUGGUGUACAUCAACGGCAAGCCCUACGUGCUGCGCGAGGCCGACCGACCCUUCUCGAACGUGGAGUACACGGGGAUCGACUGGAUGCGCGUCGAGGCCAUGGAGCAGCGCCUCCGCGCGGACAUCCUCGCGGAGGCGCGGCGCUACGGCGGGUCGAUCAUCGUCACGCACGAGAACGAUGACUCGCAGGUGGUGUCCACGUGGGAGCCCGUGUCCGACGUGGACGUGCAGACGCCGCGCGAGGCGUACGAGGAGCUCGUGCGCGAGGGCUACCGCGUGGUGUACCGCCGGGUGCCCGUCACGGACGAGAAGGCGCCCAAGGCGACGGACUGCGACCUGCUGGCGCGGGAGGCGUGGCACUUCGCGAUGGAGGCCGCGGUCGAGCAGCGGGACGGCGGCGCGCGGCGGCUGGUGUCGAGCGCGAGCCUCGACGCGCCGGGGGCGCCGGAGGCCGUGCGCGGCGCUACGACGAGCUAUGCGGAGGGGCUGCGGGCGCCGGGGGAGAGCGACGACGACGUGCUGUCCCCCGGGGCGCGCGACGCGGGCGCGGCGCAGCGGCGCGAGCAGCGCAGCGACGAGGAGGCGCGCGAGCGGUCCACGUGCUUCAUGUUCAACUGCCAGAUGGGGCGCGGGCGCACGACGACGGGGAUGAUCAUCGCCUCGAUGGUCCUGCUGCACCAGAAGCAGCUCAUGGCGCAGCCGCUGCCGCGGUGGCUGGACAUCGACGCGGUCGCGCGGGGCAGCGCGGCGCGGCGGGCCUCGCUGGACUCCCCCCAGGGGGGUGCCAACACGAAGAUCGACGACGAGUCGCGGCUCAAGGAGGGCAUGUACGCCGUGGUGCGGUCGCUCAUGCGCGUCCUGCAGAACGGCGCGGGCUCCAAGGCGCUGCUCGACGACGUCAUCGACGCCAACAGCGCCAUGCAGAACCUGCGCGAGGCCAUCGCGGGGUACCGCACGCGCGUGCUCAAGUCCUUCCAGUUCGAGGACGAGCGCUCGCGGGUGCUCUCGGUCUGCCAGGAGUACCUCGAGCGCUACUGCGUCCUCCUGACGUUCUCGUCCUAUCUCCUGUCGCGGGACUUCUGCCCGCUCAACAUGACGCCCGCCGCGCUGCGCACCGCGCGCGUGCCGGUCGUGUCGUUCGAGUCCUGGACGGGCGCGCGGCCGGAGCUCUCGUCGAUCCUGCAGCGCAUGCUGCGGCGCAACCCCGUCGCGGCGCUGGCCAUGCACCGCGCGGGGGACUUCGUCGACGCCAGCCGACACCCGCCCGCCGCCGACACCUCCCUGCGCAUCGCGGGCAUGCUUGCGGAGCGCGCCGGCGCGGUGCUGGGCCCGCACACGGUGCUCAAGUACGACCACUUCCCCGGGGUACAAAUCCGCGGACUCCCCAAGGUCGUGGACGGCGCGCCGAACUUCCGCGGCAUGGUCGGCAUCCCGGUGUUCGGCACGGCGCUGCCGACGGUCGACGGCGUCGAGCGCGUGCUUGCGCUCAUCGCCGCGCAGGGCAAGCGCGAGGGUCCUACGCUGUGGUUCAACAUGCGCGAGGAGCCCGUCGUGUACAUCAACGGCAACCCGUACGUGCUCCGCGACGAGGAGCGGCCGUUCAAGAACCUCCAGGAAUACUCCGGGAUCACGGGCGGGCGCAUCGAGGACAUGGAGGCGCGCUUGAAGGAGGACGUGCUGAAGGAGGCGGCCGCGCACGGCGGCAAGAUCCUCGUGGCGUACGAGUGGAUGCCGCCGGCGGACGCGGGGCAGGGCGGCGCCGCAGCGGCGGACGCCGGCAAGGACGCCGGCGAGCCGACGCAGCAGAUCGAGGAGGUCUGGCAGCACAUCGCCACGCCCGACGCGGUGAAGACGCCGCGCGAGGUGGCCCGGUGGGCCGACCAGCGGUACGCCGUGGAGUACCGGCGCAUCCCCGUCACCGACGGCAGCGCCCCGACCGCGGGCGACCUCCAGGACAUCCUGAACGCCGUCGAGGACGCCCCGCUCGACAGUCCGAUGGUGUUCCAGUGUCAAAUGGGAGUCGGGCGCACCACGACGGGGAUGGUCAUCGGAACGCUCAUCCACCUCGCCCGCACGGGCCGCCUGUCCGCGAUCGCGCGGCUGCCGUCGCUCACCCACCUCGGCCCCGCGCUCGGGCUGCCGGCGUCCGCGGAGGGCUCGCCGCGCGCGGGCGAGCAGCUGGCGCCGAUGCUGCGCGCGAUGGAGACGGCGUACUGGCGGUGCAAGCACCACCGAAUCGACCGGCUGCAGCGCGGCCUGGCGUUCACGCCGGGCGAGUCGGAGUCGGAGAGCGACACGGACGAGGAGGGGGGCGACACCUUCAACCCCGGACAGAGCGACCACGGACCGCCGCGUGCGCAAGGACGGCCGGCAGGGACGCCCGGACGGUCCACGAGCAUGAUCGUGACGGCCACGCGGCAGCUCGCGGCCGCGAACCUCGCCGCGAGCGAGUCGGGGGGGGUGGCGCGCGCCGCGCCGCUACCGGCGCCGGUGCGCGGGCGGCACCUGGUGCACGCGGGGCCGUCGCUGCGGAACGACGGCGACUUCGGCGUGUUCGGCAGCGAGGGCGACGAGAGCGACUCCGGCAUGGAGUCCCCCCCCCAGGCCGCGAAGAAGCGGCAGACACCCCCGCCUAGCCAGCUGGGGCCUGGGGCGGCCGCGGAGGCGCCGACGAAGCCGCAGGGCGACGAGGCGCCCGUGUCGCAGGCCACGUCGAUGCACGAGGGGUCGCUUCGCAGCGUCGGGGGCGACCACGAACGUCACGACCCGCAGGAGGAGAUGCUGCGCGCGGGGGCGUACGCGGCGGUGCGGCGGUUGGUAAAGCUGCUGCCGGAGGGCCAGGAGAUCAAGCGCGUGCUGGACGAAGUGAUCGACGCGUGCUCGGUGUGCCUGAACCUCCGCCUGGCCAUUUCGAAGUACCGCCGGCCCCGGAAGACCUGGGGGUGGUCGUGGCGCAACCGUGCCGAGGUGCACCCGAAGACCGCCGCGUUCCGCCGCGGCAUCGAAUACCUCGAGCGCUACACGGAGCUCAUCGCAUUCUCGUGGUACCUGCACGCCCACGGCCAGGGCGUGCACCGCAGCGUCACGUUUGGUGAUUGGCUCGCGGGGCGCCCCGACCUCCUCACGGCGCUGGCGUCGAUCCGCGAGAACCCCGCGGCCGCGCUGGAGCUCGAGGCGUACAAGACGAGCCCGGCGACGCUGCAGUCGUCCGGCCAGAGCAAGCUCCCGUGGCUGCCCCGGGGGUCUGAGGAGACAGCCCCGGCCAAAGCGCUCCCCGAGGUGCCGAGCUACGGCCAAGUCCGGUCCGGCAGCGUCUUCCAGGUGCUCGAGGCAGCCCAGCGAGACCUCAAGGACGACGAGCGCGUGAGCCACAAGGAGGAGGAGGCCCUCCUGCGCCGCCGCCGCGGCCUCCUGCUCACGCGGCGCACCAUCCUGAAGAAAUACGCCAUCCCAGUGAAACCCACCGCGACGAUCGUGACGCCGUCCGCGGUGGCGCCGCACAGCGCCGCGCCGAACGUCAUCGAGCUCGCGGGCCUCCCGAUCGUCGCCGUCGCGAGCCCGACCGUCAUGGGCCUCCGCGCGCUGCUCGACCUGCUGGGCGCAGGCCCGCAGCCCGCAGGGAAGCUGGGCGCGGAGGUGGUGCUGCUCGACCUGCGCGAGGAGCUCGUGCUGCACAUGAACGGCUUCCCGUACGUGCGGCGCGACAUGGCGAUGCCGGCCGCGUCGCUGCACCACGCGGGCCUGCAGGCGUGGAAGCUGCAAGAGCUGGAAAACCAAUUGAAGAACGACGCGCUGAUGGAGUGCAUGCGCUCCGGCGGCCGCGUGCUCGUGCACGACGAGGUCGCCGUCACGCGCCGCACGGGGUCGCACGCGGCCGCGCAGGCCGCCGCGGAGGCCGGUGCGAUACCUGCCAGCCCUGGGACGGACGGCGAGACCCUCUCCGGGCCGUCGGGCGCGGCGUCGCAGCGCAACCUCAGCGAGGGCCAGGAGGCGGCGAUCGCUGGCGCGAUCGCGGCGGUGCCGCGCGGGAAGGACGACGUGAGCCGGCGGUUCGAGGAGGGCUCGUCAGUGCUGCUGCCGCGGUGGGUGCCGGUCAACGUGAGCAGCUUCGCGACGGGGAUCUGCUCGCCGCUCGACGCGGCGGAGUCGCUCCAGGAGGAGGGGUACGCGCUCACGUACGCGCGCGUGCCGCUCUCCCGCGAGCGCACCCCGCAGGCGUCGGACAUUGACAUCCUGCACCGCCUGAUCACCGUCCCGCCCGUGGCGCCGCCGCCCGGCGCGGCCCCGCGCGAGCGCAAGUACGUCAUCCUCUCGCGCACCGCGGACGGCUCGUCGGUGCGGUUCGUGGCCGCGAUGCUGGCGCUGCACGUGGAGACCCUGCGCAGCUCGGUGCGGCAGGAGCCCCCCGCGGACCGCGCGUGGGCGAUGUCGCCGCCGCCCUCGCCCGCGAUGGUGUCCGGGCACGGUCCGGCGGCGAGCGGGCCGUCUGGGAGCGGGGGGGGCUCGGGUCGGUCGGUUCCGGAGCUGCGAGCGAUCAGCAGUUUGGUGCGGGUGCUGCCGCGCGGGGCGGAGUGCAAGGCCGCGGUCGACGAGGCGGCGCGGCGGUCGGCGCGGAUCGGGAGCCUCGUGCACGACAUCGCGGAGUGCGCGCACGUGGUGCAGGAGGGGCGCGAGCGCAAGCGGGAGGCGACGCCGCAGACGCCGCACGACACGUCGCGCGUGUCAGUCGCGCGGCAGCUCGGGCUGCACUACCUGAAGAGGUACUUCUACCUCAUCACCUUCGCGUCGUAUCUCCGGGAGGCGCCGGGCGUGCCGUUCUCGUCCUGGGUGCACAGCCGGCUGGAGCUGAAGCACUUGAUGUCAAACCUGUCGCUGACGGACUGA